AAGCGGUUACCGCUAGUCGAAGCACGUGAAUUCGAGUCAAUUUGGCGUUUGCGCGCAGCCCGACCUUUCUGUGCACUUAGUGAACACUAUGCGAUGGACGACCUCGCGCUUUAAUCAACCCGGGUCAUUUACGCCCAAUCCUACUCCACCUACAAUCGUGUGGUCAACAUGGCCGGCAACGUAUCCAAUGUCUGGACGCAGAUGAACUAUGUCCCUCCCCGCGGCCAAUGCAACCACAAGCCGUCCCUCCUCGCAGCGAAGUGUCCGUGUUUGCGCUUCAUGUUGCAUCCGCUAAAGUCGUCAUCCUCAUACGAAUGCGACGGCUGCGGCCACCACGCCUCCUUUCACACCAUGGAGAACAAGACCGAAGACGAGAUAAGGAAGCGCUGGGAAGUCGAAGCGAAGGAGCGCAGCCAACAAGAAGUGCAGCAGCCACGGCCCAAGAAACGGGUACGUGCCAUUGAGUACAAUAAUGAGGAAGGGGUCGAGGACAUUUUCAACGAGCUGUUGCUACAAGAAGCUAGGACCAAGAAGGCUGCACCCAAGAAGAAGACGGGGAGGGCCGCAGGGAGUAGGGCGAAGGGAAAGAUUAGUGAGAUUGUUGAGGACGAUGUAGUUGAGUUGGACUGAGUUGCACACCGGAGAUGGAGC